UCUCUCGACUGAACAUGUGCACAUGUGCACAAACUCUUUCUUACUGAUUGUGUUGAGUUUCGCUUCUACGUGUUUGCUCCGUGCUGGCGGCACAUUAGACAGAAUUACACGAAGCCAAAAACGGUCUAGAAAAAAAAGAACUUUUUUUUGCUUGGUAAACGUGGGUUCCCCAAAAACCAUUGGUGCGUGUUCAGUACUAUUGGGCGCUAUUUUUAGGAAUUUGAAGAAUUUUUUACCACACCAAAAGAAAAUGGGAGAAACACCAAAGUAUUACGGAAAGAGACGCAGCAUUGUGCGACGAAUUGGAUCACUCCUACCACUAAAACCGCCACCUAAAAUAUAUGUCAGUGUCACAGCCUUACACUCGAUGACGAAUUCUAUGAUCAAUGAGGAGACUAGUAGUGACUGUAUUGAUUCCAAUGUUGUUGGACCUGGAAAUGGUCGACUAUCAGGGAGUAAACCAGAUUUGUUGGAACCAAUCAGUUUUGGUUCAGAGGUGCGGCUUCUUGCUCUAGAACAAGAACUACAAGAAUUACGUGAACAAAUCUCGUUAAUUGUCAAUACUACCAAACAAGUAGAUAAACAAUCUUCAUUAUCUUCUUUAAAAAAUGGAUAUGAGAAUGGCCUACCGCCACCCCCACCGCCUCCUUUACCACCACCAACAACACCUCAUAUAGCACGAAGAGCUAGUCUUCAAGAUCACAAAUUCGAAGAUCGUACUAAACCUCAGUUGUUGGCUCAAAAGUCUAUGGGAGAUAUACUCAAAGAUAUUGACAAAGUCAAGUUGAAGCCAGUUGCAAGGUCACCGGGUGGUCGUCCUUUACGAGUCAAACGCGAAAAUAGUCCUUGUAAUGAUUUACAAGAAAUUUUACGAAGAAGGUACAUUGCGAUGAAAACACCCGAUAGCAGGAACUCGUCAGCCAACGUGACACUUGAUGAUUCGUUUUAAUAUGCCAUUUAAAUCUGUAGAAGACCUGAAUUUUUUUUUUUAACAGAGCAUUCACAGUGGUCUGUGGCUUAAUUCUUAUAGCUUGAGCAUGCAUUGAGCAAACAUAGGUAACCCAUUUUCUUUCAUCGGCCACGUAUUUCAAACAAUCAAAAUUGAAGAAAAAAAAUCCGAAAGUUACUAUUUACAAUUUGCUGUUCCAUUUAUUAGAUAUGUUUGCAUAUAUUUUAAGCCUUUCCCAAGCAGGCUUGGGAUUCAAGAGCUCUUUUAAUAAAUUUAUAUUUAAAAAACAUUAGCCACUACUUAGAAAAGACAUAGUAUUCGCAAGAAAUUGAAUGGAACUCUUUAAACUCAGUGAACUGUCAAGCUGUGAAACAAUUUUGUGCACUUUAUCAGAUAUCGAUACUUAAAACUUGUUACGUUGUGCUAUCUUUAAUUGGUACUUCUCUUUUAUCAAAGUUACUUUCAUGCUAUGUGAUAUAAUAAUAUGACGAAUAAGAAUUACAUGGUAUAAAUCAACAUGUUUUUUAUAAAAUUCAUAAUGGAAAUGUAAAUACAUUUUUCAAAAUUAUUCUAGUUGCGUAACACUAUGGUUGGUGCCAUGCAAUCUUUAUUCGUAUUAAUUAUGUGUGCCUCUUUUAAGAGUAAUUAUGAUUAAUGAAGAACUCAUACAUCAAAUGAUUAUAUAAUUAUUCAAAUUGUAAUAAUUAAUGUGGAAUUAGACCAACACCAAUGCUGAAUUAGUUGCAUCAUUCAGUUUUUUGGUUCCUAUGCUUGCUCAAUUUCUGCUCAUAACUGUAAAGGUCUGAUUUUUUUUAAUUGUAAUAUCUCAUUGAUUUGUAAGUCAUGCCUGAGCGUGAAUUUUUGAAAUUCGUCCAAGACCUUCGUAACGUGUAAAGAAAUUGCGUGAGCCUUGACACCAAACUUGAGAUGUCGACACGAAUAUGUAAAUAGAGAAUUGAAAGGAGUCUGUUAUUUUUAUCAACGUUUUAUUUGUAUGGAAUGUUUCAACAGUUUUCGAAUUACUUGACGGUCUUAAGAGUAACACUUCCGUAAUUAGAGUCAACGACGAAAUAGUAUGAAUCAAAAUGCCAAUCUUUUGUUUAAUAUUGUUUUUGUUCGAAUCGUUGUUCAUUCUAGGAAGUACUUAUAAUUUGUUAUAACAAUUAUAAUCAAAACAAAUUUUGCAUUACAGAAAAAAAAAACAUUUUUUUCUUUCAUUGCAAAGCUUUAUAUUAAUAUACUACCUGUGUUCAUACAUUUUCAAAACAUAAACUUUUAUACUUUAAUAUUCUGAAACUGUCAACAAAAACGUUAAUCAUAUUCCCGAAAAUGUCAAUGAAUAAUUGUAUUAUCGAAUGUCUGUCUACAUCCUUAAACGCAAUAUUAUUAUUUUUACACCACAUUCUUGAAAUCCACUGUUUUCUCUGGGCAGCAUGUACAAUGUGACGAAAAAAAAUAUUAAAUAUUAUUAAAAAAUUAAAGUAUUAAAAAUACUGUAACAAUUUUUAUAGAAACAGUGGUUGUUACAUAUGAGGAUGAUAAUGGCGAUAGUAUACCGAUACACAAAUUUCAGUACAAAAAAAAUUCUAGCAAUAGCAUUACACAUAACAAAUUCCGUAUAAAUUGUACUUUUUAUUUGACAUUUGGGAAUAUAUUUCAUAAAUAUCCAAAAACGUAGAAAUACAAGGUAUAGACGGAACUUAAAUCUUCAAUGAAAUUACGUGCAUAACUGUUGCAUCCUUUUAACCCUGAAUGAACUGUAAGGCUGUUGUAUGUAUGAGUCUCUCAUUUGCAAACUGUAAUUUCAUAUUUAGUUUAAAAAGAUUCUAUCUUAUAAUGAGGAGAGCAAAUAUAUUUUUCCUUUGAUCUGAGAGUUGAGUUAAAUUUUGACUUUGGAAAAAUAUCUCACAAAUAACUUUAGCAUUUUUAUAUAAUAUUUGGUUUCAUAUUUUUCAAUUAUAGCACAUUAAACAUUGGCAAAUAUUAUGUGAACUCAACGAGUGAUAGUAAAUAAUACUUUUAUAAUGUCUGCAUCCAGAAAUAAACGUUACAUAAAAUAUUAUGAUACAUCGUACGCUUAAUGAAACCUUUGUAUUGUUUUAAAUGAUGUAAUGCUUUCAAUGAGACAUCAUAUAUGGUUUGCGUUACAGUAACAUACUUAUUUUAUAUUUUCGACUGCUUUCGAAUGAAAUUAGACGUACGGUGCAAUUUUAUGUUUUAACUAUUAUUAAUGAUUUUAAUAGUUUUGAGACUGAACGAGAUCUGCAAAGGUGUGACGGUUGUACAGAUGUACGUGUUUUAUACCUGAAGCUUUUAUCAAUGACUCGAAAUAAAUGUUAUUGUUACCUAACUUUGUAUAUAACUUAUUCUAAAAUGAUAAGCUCCGUACCCUUAGAAGAGAACAAAGUAACUUGUUAAAGAAUGCCAUUUCUGAGUCACUUCUUAAUUUUAAAUACAUGUAUACUUGUAAGACUCAUCUAAAAUUGUCAAUUAUAAUUUCAUUGUACAUACAUUCAAAUUUCAUGUUCUUGAGUUUUGCUAGAAAUUGAACUUUGUAUUGCAUUUUAGGGACAGCUGACGCAAAUUUCGAUCAACGAAACGAAAUUAAUAAUCAAGGGGAUUUUCAUCCAAGCAUAUACUUUAUUUUUUAAUCGAAUGUUAUAUUAAAUUAUAAUUUGAUGUAAACAACAAGUAUAAAAGAUUUGCGUAUA